AUGCAGCAAUGGGAGAAAUCCAUACAGUCAAAUGUAGCUGAUAACUCAGGUGUAUCCGAGUCUGAUCAACAGCACAUUGUCGAUUUUUUGGGUCCUGAGGACAGAGAUAUUCCUAGGAAUUGGCCGAGGCUCGUGAAAGCCAUUGUCAUGCUCGAUGUCAUGUUCCUGAAUUUCAGUUUUUAUGCAGCCUCAGCAAUUUUUACUCCAAGCAUUCCAGGAAUCGAGGGAGGUUUCAAUGCCACCACCGCCGAAGGAACGCUUGGUUUGUCGCUCUUUGUGAUUGCCUACGGCAUUGGGCCCCUCAUUCUCUCACCGCUUUCUAAUCUCCCUUCGAUUGGGCGUACUCCCGUCUAUUUAUUCGGGUCCCUCGCAUUUUGCUUGUUCAACAUUGGCACAGCACUCGCAAAGAACCUGCAGACAAUAUUGGUACUUCGAUUCUUUGGAGGCCUGUUCGGAAGUGCUCCCAUAAGUGUCGGCGGUGCUACAUUAAUGGAAGUGUAUGGACCUAAUGAAGUACCGUAUGCUAUCGCUCUAUAUGCAGUUAGUGGUGUUUGUGGGCCAAUUCUAGGACCAAUUUUGGGAACGCUUGCAGUCAAUCGUUGGCAAACAUGGUCAGCAAGCCUCUGGCUUAUCACUGGUAUAGCUGGGUUCACCACCAUCUUUAUCUUCUUCUUUCUGCCUGAAACUUUGUCUACAAAUAUUUUGCUUCGUCGUGCACGUCGAAUUCGUGCAAGAACAGGAAACCCUGCAGCGCAAACACAAUCUGAAAUGACAACGCCGAAAGCAGGUUUUGCCACCACAGUCAUCAAACAGAGUAUCGAUGAUUUCAAGUUAUCGUGCAUGGAUCCUGUCAUUCUCUUUGUGAAUCUCCAUACAAUGCUAAUCUACGGUAUACUAUACUUGUGGUUUGAAUUCUUUCCAUUCGUUUUCGACGGUAUUUAUCAUUUCACUGCUAUUCAGCAGGCCUUUGCCUUUUUUGGGAUCCUGGCCGGUGCAGUCGUCUCGGUGGCAAUAUAUGUCCUCUGGCUGUAUUUCUCUUAUCAACCUAAAUUGCGUGAUUCCAACGUUCGUUUGGAACCUGAAGCACGACUAGUUCCUGGACAGAUUGGUGCUAUCUGCAUUCCUGUCUGCCUUUUUGUUUUUGCAUGGAGCUCAAGAGCGAGCGUUCCGUGGAUCGUUCCGAUUAUUGGCACUGCAUUCUUUGCGCCUGGGUUUUAUUUGACAUUCCAAUCUAUACUUAAUUACCUCGGCGAGUCGUACCCAAGAUAUGUUGCAAGUGUGUUUGCAGGCAAUACCUUCUUUCGAAGUUCAUUCGGGGGAGCACUACCUUUGGCUGCGCCUCGGAUGCUAGAAUCACUAGGAAUUGGAUGGGCUUCGAGCGUUCUGGGAUUCAUAUCGGUUGCCAUGGUUCCCCUCCCUUUUAUAUUGGAAAGGUACGGAAAGAGGCUUCGUUCCUGGAGCCCUUAUGCAAAUUAG